AUUUUUCUUACGUGGGGAGGACGAAUAGUAACUUCGACAGCGGCGUCCCCCGUCGGGUAUGAUAAGUUUAGACAACUUUUGAAAAUGUGAAAAAUUACCAAAUUGGAACUUAACUCUGGUGUAUUUUAAUAGUAUGAAGAUAGAUAUCAGAAUUCUGGAGUAAAUAAAAACAUGACAUGACAUGACAUAUAUAUUCUAUAAUAUACUUUUAAACAAAUGAAUUAAACCAGAUCUAAGUUUAGCUUAAUCUGAAAACAUGAGUUAUCAGAAUUCCUUGAGUAGAAAAAAGAAAACUCGCUCAUCGAAAAGUUUUUCGUGGAAAAAAUCUUUCAAUUUAUCAAAAUUUUUACAUCAUAAGCAAAAUCUUCCAUUUGAUGAGAAAUUAUGUGAUAUCAAUACAAGUGAUUACAGUUCCUGCUCCUGUUCAUCUGAAUCUAGUCUUGGAUGUAGUACUGUUAGAUCUGAAUCAGUUUGUAGUGAUAGAGACAGACUUAGUGAUGUAGAUCUUAAUUUUGAAUCAGAAGAUGACUUAGAUUCUAACGAGGAAAUAAAACGAGAUACGAGGAGGACUCGGAUGUUAAAACAUAAAAAUGUUAUUGUAAUAAUUCCAGAGCAUAAUAUUUCUGGAUAUACAAGAGAUGAAUUUUAUCUAGAAUUUAUAGAUGAUCCUUUAUUUAUUCCUCAUACAAGCUGCUUUACUGAUCAUAUUAGUGAGAUAGUAUCAGUUGAACCUCAUGGAGCUAGAUUUUUUAAAGAAAAUCCUGCACUUAUCUAUUUGCCAGUGAGAGGGAAGAUAAAUAACAAAGAUAAAAUUAUAUGUCUUUGCAGUAAUACAUCACGAGAAUCCAUACCACAAUGGGAAAGGAUUCCAGAAGAAAAUUUUACUUUCAAAUCUGGCAGGGUUAUUAUUAAAGCGCAUCAUUUCAGUUUAUUUACAAUAGUUGCAGAAAGAUCUUUUCCCGAAGUUCAUGUGGGAAUUACUACAUUAGGUGGCAUGUUACAGAUAGAUGAUGUUCCAGGAGUAGAGAUAAACAUUCCUCCUGGAGCUUUAGGUGAAAAUGUCACAGUUGUUGUUCGAGUACUAUAUGAUAAUGAACCACGAAACCAAUAUUCACUUCAUUCAAAUUAUAAUACAAAAGCUUUAGCAUCACCCAUUAUAAUGGUUGGACCACAUGGAUGCCAGUUUAAUACUUUAUUUGAUCCAGUGACAGUUCGUUUACCAAUUCCACAUUAUCACCAGAUUAAGUGCCAUUUUGGGAAGAAAGCGCGAUUGACUGUUUGGAGAAGUGCCACAUCAGAAAAUGAACCUCUGUACUGGGAAAGGUUAGAUGUAGAAACUGUUAUUGAUUAUAAUCAUGGUGGUUGUGUGACUAUUUCCUUUCCAGUUGAUCAUUUUAGUUUCUUUAAAGUAUUAUGGGAUGUAUUAACUUCCUCUUUAUAUGAAGCAAAAUUGGGUGUAGCAUAUUUUUAUCCAUAUAUUUCAUUUUCAAUGAUGUGUCAGGCUUGGAUGGAAGAAAAUAAAGAUAACCAAAGCUUUGGAUUAGAAGUGAUUUGCUAUAGGAGUGAUAAGAAACUACCAGAAGCUACAAACUAUAAACACAAAGUUGGAAGCAGUUUAAAACCAAAACUUAUAAGGCCAGGAUGCAUUACUGUAAAAUUGAAGUCCGAGUUGUUUGAGGCAAAUGUGGAUGCAGGAGAAGAUUUAUCACUAUUGAAGAUUGAGCCAGAUUUUCGAGGAAGAGAAUUUGAAAAACAGUUUGCUUGCAGGUUUAGACAAGGGAAGCCUAAUGUUGAAAGAGGAACAUUUGGGAAAGUUAUAGUUGAAAGGAAACCCAAAGAAGGACCAAAUGAACCACUCUUUGAAUUUAAUUUACAUAAAAGUGGUGUUGAAAAUGAAACAUUUCCUCCUGAUUCAACUGAUCGUUGGUCUGUUGUGGCAAUUAAAGAACUAGCAGGAACUUUGCACAUCACUGAAGAUAACAAUUGGAAGAAGUUUGCUCGUCACAUUGGUUUUACAAAAAACGAAAUACAGACAAAAUUAGCUUAUUCAGCAGAUCCCUUUCUUGCUAUGGUAAAUUUAUACCAGACUCGUGGUGGAACACCUGAAGAAUUUGUUCAAUCGUUAUACGAAGUAAGUCGAUCAAUUAGAAUUCAGAUGACUUCAACUAGAAGUGGAAGCGGAUCACCUGGAGGAAGUAGCAGUGGAGCUUCAACUUCAAGAAAAUGGUUAUGGAAUUUUAGUCCUACUAAAUGGAGAGAAAAAGACGAUUCUGAUACUUCUGUGACAGAAACUAGUGUUAGUUCUCGCAAAAGAUCAAAUCCGAGCGGAUCUAGUGGAAAUAGUGCCAAAAAGAGACGAAGGCGUUUUUCAGACGUUUCGGAAACUAUGUCCAGUUCAGAAGAAUCUGUUGGAACCGAAGAAAAUAGGAGAAAUGAAAAUAAACUGAACGACACAGAUAUGUGGAACAUUUCAUCAUUAAUGAAUACAAUGAAUUGGCGUGCUUUAGGAAGAACCUUAGGGUUGGAAGAAAGUGUUCUGUUAAAUAUAGAGCAUGCCUAUAAAGCCACCGGCUUUAGAGAAUGUGCCUAUCAAAUGUUGUUAGAAUGGAAAGGACGUCAACCUCAAAAAUGUACGUUUGGUACCUUGUAUACGUCACUGUGCAAAGAAAACAUGAAUGGUAUUGCCAAACAGUUGAGCGUCAUGAAAUUAGGAAAUCAGGAGUAGUUUCAAAUUAUAUGUAUAAUUUUCAUAUUGUUAUUUUGUAUAGCAGAAAUUUUCAUAAAAUUAGAUUAUCAUUUUAAAAUAUAUUUUUGUAAAUAAGUUUUUAUAUCUUUGUUACCUGAAAAUCAAUUCCAACAUUGCAUACCGAAAAUGACGGAACUCCUGACAUUCACAGUGAUUCAGUCAGAUAAAUUAUUGUUCAUAAUCAUGAAAAAUUUUUUAAUAAUCAUUUAAGAAAAGAUUAUUAAAUUGAUAAUAUCAAUAUAUAUCAUAUAACAUAUAUAAUCAUUUAUUGUGUAUCAUUUUCAGUUGCUCACGGAAAAUACAUUUAUUGUUGAGUUAACUUUUUUUUAAAUAUGUACUAAGUUAAUGUUAUUCAUGUUACAUUUUAACUUUGACCAGGAAAUUUUCAGAUUCAUUGAAUUUGAAGAUUAUUGUAAUCUCUUUUUAAUACCAAUGUACAGAAGUAUUGUGCAAUGCCAGAAGAACAAAGUGAUACCGAAGAAUUUUUAAUGAAUACCUGAUUAAAUUUUAAAUAUAUAUCAUUUAAUUUUAUGGCAAUAUUUGUAAAUAAUUUUGUAUUAUAUUUCAUUUUCAUUUUAU